AUGGAAUCUGCAGCAGCUAUUGCAAAUGGUGGAUGGAGUUCACUUGGUGAAAUGUACUCCUCUGAUGAGGAGGCAGAGUUCAUGUCCCAGUUGCUCGCUAACUGUUGCGUCACAAAUGAGAUGAAUGAGGCUUCAAGCUCAGCAAUCCCAUUUGCAAUUUGUCCUAGCUAUGAUUUUUCAAAAUCUAACAUGGAAGGCAUUUAUCAAGGUUCACAAUACUCUUCAGAAAUUGCUAAUCUUUAUUUUUCAAAUGGUAAUGCUUAUAUUAUGAGCAAUAAUGAAACAAACCACUACACCGGUAAUCCUAACCAUAUUAUGGAAACAAGUUACCACAGCUCAGAAGCAUUUCGUCCGCCGGAUGCCAAUGCUACCAACUUGAUUCUCUUUCAAGGCAAAGAAUAUGGCAUGGAUCAUCACCAAGAACUAAGCAAUGUCAAUAUUGAAAACCAGCCGGGAGCUGCUAUUUAUGAAAAGCUUUUGCAGCUUAAUAGGGAGUCUGAUCAUGAGAUGACGAUAUGGGAACCUGCAAUGGAAAAUGUAGUUAUGGUUUCCGAAGGUUCUAAGAAAAGGCCUUGCAGUUCAGUAGAUGUGCAAAAGAAGAGGACUGUGAAGGCGAAGAAGGGCCAAAAGGCAGUGUUAAGGGGAAACGUUGAAGAUAAUGAUAUAACCACCAAAGGGCAGAGCUCAAGCAGUAGCUGCUCAGUGGACGAUGACUCCAUUAAUGCUUCUCAUCAGGAUCUGAGUGGAGGUGUGAGUACUUCGAGCUUGAGUCCAAAAUGGAAAAAAGCCAGUAGGGGAUCAGCAACUGAUUCCCAAGGCAUAUAUGCAAGGAAAAGAAGAGAAAAAAUAAAUGCGAGGCUGAGAAUUUUACAGAACCUUGUACCAAAUGGAACAAAGGUUGAUAUCAGCACAAUGCUUGAGGAGGCUGUCCAGUAUGUGAAGUUCUUACAGCUUCAGAUAAAGCUCAUAAGCUCGGAUGAUAUGUGGAUGUUUGCUCCUAUCGCUUACAAUGGAAUAAACAUUGGAAUCGACUUAAAUUCUUGA